AUGAAGCUAACAUCCGUUCUCGGCCUUUCCGUCUGCGCCCUGGCGUACGCAGUUCCCAUCGAAAAACGCGCUGCCGACAUCGAACUGCCUGCAAAGCGUGACGACUCGACACCGGUGCCACCCGGGGGUGAAACAGUUACUUUUACGCCCUCUAACGAUGGCCCGCUCGUUGACAUCGCUGGCUUAGGACCGGAGAGGGAGAACCCUGACAUGAUCGCUGAAUUUUCUGGUACCGAUCUGCCUGCAAAGCGUGACGACUCGACACCGGUGCCACCUGGGGGUGAAAUAGUUACUUUUACGCCCUCUGACGAUGGCCCGCUCGUUGACAUCGCUGGCUUAGGACCGGAGAGGGAGAACCCUGACAUGAUCGCUGAAUUUUCUGGUACCGAUCUGCCUGCAAAGCGUGACGACUCGACACCGGUGCCACCUGGUGGUAAAACAGUUACUUUUACGCCCUCGGGCAAUAGUCCUGUUGUUGAACUCACCGGCCUGGGACCACAGAAAGAGCAACCUGGCAUUUUCGCUGGGGUUCCCGGCACCGAUCUGCCUGUCCAAACGAAGCCGGACGGUGUUGACGUGCUCGCUUAUGACGAGCCUUCCCACUAG